AUGAAGCGCGGCGGAGGCAUUGAGAACCCGGCUUUCCUCAGCUCCAGCCCUGACACCCCGCGCCGCCGCGUCUCCGCAUCGCCCUCUCCCGUCGAGGUGCCCGCCUUGCCCGCCGGCGCCCGGACGGAGAAUUCGCUGCCGCCCGAGCCACCGGAGCCCCUGCAGCCCCCGCAGCCCCCGCUGCCGGCCGCCGCGGCCCCGGACCCCCGAGCGCCGGCCGGGCCGGAGUCGCGGUCGGAGCUGGAGGGGCUGUGCGGGUGGGGCAGCUUCACACCCCGGUGCCUGCAGCCCUGCAACACGCCGCAGGGCUUUCUGAUCCACUACUGCCUCCUGGCCCUCAUCCAAGGUGUUGUGGUAAAUGGCCUAGUAAAUAUUAGUAUUUCUACUAUUGAGAAGCGCUAUGAAAUGAAGAGUUCCCUAACUGGCCUGAUAUCAUCAAGCUAUGAUAUCGCAUUCUGCUUGUUGUCUUUAUUUGUUUCAUAUAUUGGCGAAAGAGGACACAAACCAAGAUGGCUUGCAUUUGCAUCUUUUAUGAUAGGACUGGGAGCACUCGUAUUUUCAUUGCCAAAAUUUUUUAGUGGAAAAUACCAGUUGGGGUCUCCUUUUGAAGGGUAG